AUGCAGUGGUUCAUGUUUGUUCUUUUCUUCUGUGAAGGAGUUUCGCAAUUCCUCAGUUAUGAGGGAACUGAAGUGUUGCCGUUCGAAGAAUUCCCAGCGCCUGAUAAUGAGCAGAAACUGGAGCGGUCCAUCCAGAACGCACAGAGCAUUGGCCUUUUCCCUCUUCACGGCCGCGCCUCUCCUACCUGGCGCGAUGGCUUCUCCAUGUUCGACCGUGGCACACCGCGUGAUCUGGCGGCCGCGCACUACCCGGUGCCUGGAUAUGGACUGAUCUCACCGAUGCAAUCCCGACAUGCCAACGACAAUCACCCCUUCGGCUACUGAGCGAACAGAGUAGAACCGCCGCAGCCGAAGCGGGCAAGAGCCUGAACGGAGUCAACGUGGCCAGUCGCGCGGAUAAAGAGGAUCAAGAUGGUCAGGAGGACGAAGUUUCCAACGGCGACGUCAAGGUUACUACCGGUGGAGGCUUCGGCAUGAAGUACGAAUUCAAGCCAUAUCUCGACAUGCUUUUGAGUGGUAGGAGGGCGUAGGCGAGCCAAAGCCAAGGAUGAUGGGCGGAGAUUGUAAUGGAUCUACAUGUGGAGGGGGAAAGGCGGCUCGUGGCCGCAAUACCGGGGGUGGUUGGGUUGGAUUGGUUAUUGGAGAACGCGGAUGACUACACGAGGCGUCAAAACAGAUCUGAAAGUAGUCUAAAAAAGAAAACACUCACAGUCAAAGAC